CGUAGGCUUCUGGCUUCCUUCCUAUGAAGCUGCUGUGAGUUAUUGAGUUUGAAGCUGAACCAAUCGAACAUUGUAGCUCCUCAAUAUCUUCAUUUGAACGAGUAUAGUGAUUAUCGACCUCGAAGCUUUGAUUUUGAUUUCUGGGUCUUUUGGUCCGUUUUGAUCUUGCAGCGUCGGGUUUUUCGGGUAGUGAAUAAUGUUUUGAUGAAGCAAUGGAGAAUGUGGAACAGAGUGAAGCUUUGAAGAGCAUUUUGCUGUAGAUUUUUUUCCGUUAAAGCUUUCACUGGUCGUGGUUGAUCGUUGUUAAAUCAUAGAGCUAGAUGGCUAGUGAAUCACCAUCUGCCUCCCCGCCGCGCCCCUCCAUGCUGCCGCCACGGGCUUCUCCUCCUCCCCCCACUCCUGAGCCGGCGAUGGUCCCUGUUUUGCCUUCUGUCCCUCCGAGCCCGAGUAUUUCACCUCCUCCGCCGGCCCCGCGACCAAGUGGCUCUAAUUCAUUGCCUUCUCCACCUCCCCCAUCGCCUUCAGGUGGCUCUUCAUCGCCACCGCUUCCACCCCUUGAGGCAGUUCCUCCGUCAAAGCCGCCUCCGCCACCGCCACCGCCAUCUGUGUCCCCGAUAACUCGUCUUUUCCCUCCACCACCACCCACAACUUCCCCUGAACGCUCGCCUCCACCUCCUCCUCUGCCUGGCCAACCACCACCAUCUGAUCGGGCUGUAGUUUCACCUCCACCGCCACCGCCACUGCUACCACCGCCUCCAACAUCGGGAAAGGGCCCUGAAAGUUCCCCACUGCCGCCACCACCGUCGGCAAAGUCCUCCAAAAGGUCCCCACCGCCACCACGACCAGCGAAGGCCCCUGAAAGUUCCCCGGCUCCGCCAGCAUCUAAACUUUCACCACCACCACCGAGGUGGAACCGCCCUAAAGCUUCAUCUCCGCCUCCACCUUCAGGUCCUCCAACCGGUACACCUCCACCGUCUGCAUCGUCCUCACAUUCCCCUUCAACUUCCCUGCCUCCACCGCAUUCCGAACAAGCGGGUCCGCCCUCACCCUCUACCGUCUCUCCACUGUUUCCAACCCGCACUUCACCCCCCAGUGCUGAUUCUCCGACUCCAAUUAGUCGCAACUCCAGUGAAACGAGUUCUCUUGUCAAGGAGAACUCCAGUAUAGGUACCGGCAGUAUAGUGGGCAUCAGUAUAGGAAUCGGAGUAUUUAUCCUAAGCUUCAUUGGGCUCGCGAUUUGGUGUGCAAAAUGUCGAAGGAGAAAGGGAUCUAGAUUCAGCAGCGGUCACAUUAUUUCGACUUCCAUCAGCACUUCCCUGGCAUCAGAUGCCUCCAGCGUGAAGAUCCCUUCUUCGGCACCUCUCAUGGGGAGCAGUUCCAGGAGCGAGAUCUUAUACUUUCCCAAUGAGCCUCCUGGUGGGUUCGGGAACUCCAGAUUAUGGUUUACUUACGAUGAUCUGGCGAAGGCCACGGAUGGAUUUUCAGCAGACAAUUUCUUGGGCGAAGGUGGGUUUGGCUCGGUCUAUAAGGGACGCCUACAGGAUGGGCGAGAAGUGGCUGUGAAGCAGCUCAAAGUCGGGGCCAAGCAAGGGGAACGAGAAUUUAUGGCCGAAGUCGAUAUUAUUAGUCGUAUCCACCACCGCCACUUGGUUUCCCUCGUUGGCUACUGCAUUGCUGAUGAUCGGAAGCUGCUGGUGUAUGACUAUGUGCCUAACAACACCCUUUAUUUCCACCUGCAUGGAAAAGGCCGGCCUGCACUUGACUGGGCUACCCGCGUGAAGAUUGCUGCUGGCGCAGCUCGUGGCCUCGUUUAUCUCCAUGAAGACUGUCAUCCUCGAGUUAUCCACCGUGACAUCAAGUCAUCGAACAUUCUUCUAGAUAACAACUUUGAAGCACGGGUAUCAGACUUUGGACUUGCCAAAUUAGCUCUCGAUGCUCAUACACAUAUUACAACUCGUGUUAUGGGAACAUUCGGGUAUAUGGCUCCUGAGUAUGCAUUAAGUGGAAAAUUAACCGAGAAGUCUGAUGUAUACUCAUUUGGAGUUGUGCUUCUGGAGCUAAUCACAGGUCGGAAGCCUGUGGAUACGUCUCAGCCCCUUGGAGAUGAAGGCCUAGUUGAAUGGGCUCGACCUUUGCUGAGCCAGGCGCUCGAUCAUGAAGAGUUUGAAGGUUUGGCGGAUCCAAAGCUUAGCGGUAACUAUGUUGAGAGCGAAAUGUUUAGAAUGAUCGAAGCUGCUGCAGCUUGUGUGAGGCAUUCAGCCGCAAAGAGGCCAAGAAUGGGACAGAUCCUGAGAGCGUUCGAUAAUUUUGCGGCAUCUGAUCUAACAAACGGAAUGAGACUUGGGGAAAGCAAGGUAUUUAACUCGGCUCAGCAAUCGUUAGAAAUUCGGGCGUUUCAGAAGAAGCAAUUUGGGAGUCAAGGCUCCAGCACAGAGUACUAUACCCAAACUAUCCGGACUAUCUGAACAUCGAUUCUGUAAAUAUUUGCAAUAUGUAUAAUUUUUUUGCUUUUUAGUAGAUAGACCAUACUUUAUAACUUAGGAUUUCAAUAAACAAUGUAAAUGCAAUUUUCCUCCGCCACCAAUUAUAUAUGGUGUGCAUAGAUAAAGCAUUUAUCGGUCUGCGUUAUGUCCCUGC